UGGCUGAAGCUUCAGGCCGAGGUAUGUACAGGGAACUGGUUACUGAACCGCCGAUUUGCCGCCGAUCAUUUCUAGGUCAACGAUAGAUGGAAUCAUGCCUUUUCAUUCAUCGAUACCGUCGAGAUCGUUCCAGUAUUUCGUGGGACUGACGACCAGCCUCCGGCUUCACUCAGAAGUGCUAUUUGUAGCUAUAGCAUAACUUGGAUGUGACUCAGGUGCGAUCGAUCAUGUCCCAACAACAGCUGGACGAAGAGACGCCUUUGCUGCCGCCCUUGCAGCGGAAGGCCAGGACACCAUUGCCUUGGCGUCAAUUCUCUAUCAUACUGUUUCUCCAGCUCGCGGAACCACUUACUUCACAAGUUAUCGCCCCCUUCGCACCUCAGUUAAUAAGAGAUAUCGGGAUUACAAAUGGCGAUGAAACCAGUGUAGGGUACUAUGUCGGACUGAUGUACUCCCUAUUCUUUGCAACACAAGCGCUCACCGUUCUUCAUUGGAGUCGUAUAUCGGACCACAUUGGACGGAAGCCUGUCAUUUUGACAGGCCUGUUUGGACUAUCUAUCUCUAUGUAUUGUUUCGGCCUAUCUACAACAUUUUCUGGACUCGUACUAAGCCGUGCUCUUAACGGUGCUUUGAACGGCAACGUCGGCGUAAUCAAAAGUAUGAUGGUGGACAUUACCGACUCUACCAACUUGGCCCAGGCGUAUGCAUAUAUGCCUUUAGCUUGGUCAACGGGUGGGACCAUUGGCCCCCUUGUAGGUGGAUUGUUAUCACGUCCAGUUGAACAAUUUCCGAACGUCUUCGGUCAUUCUCAAUUCUUGAAGACUUAUCCAUAUUUCCUUGCAUGCGCUGUACCUGCCACCUUCUCUGCACUGGCUUGGAUCGUGACGUUCCUUUUCUUGCGAGAGACUGUACUCACCAGGGUGACUCUCGGGCGUUUUCUCAGGAGCAAAUACCACAAAGAUACCAUCCCUGGCCCCGUGACUCCAACAGGAUCAAGUGAUUCCCUGAGCGCAGAAGAUGCUGCUCGACCUGCAAACGGCGAUGACUCCAAACCACUACCUCUUCGCUCGCUGUUGACUCCCAGAGUGAUCAUAGCUGCUGGAAACUACGCUGCUUUGUCAUUUCUUGAUAUCGCAUUUCGUGACAUACAACCUCUGUUCUUCGCCACACCGAUAGAACUCGGUGGGUUGGGAUUAGAUCCUCCGCGAAUCGGUAACAUCCUAGCUAUCUAUGGUGUGAUCAACGGCUUGUUCCAAAUCCUUUUCUUCGCCGAUCUGCAUGACCGAUUCGGCUCAAAGAUAAUAUAUUCUGCAGCAAUGGCUGCCGGAGUUCCAAUGAUUGUCAUUUUCCCCAUCCUCAAUGCUGUCGCAAGAGCACAGGGUUUGAGCUUCGUAUUAUGGGCGAUUGUUGGCCUGCAACUUGCUCUCUCGAUGAUAUUAAAUCUUGCAUAUGCUUGCGUAUUUAUCUAUAUCGCAGCAGCGUCUCCGAACCAAGCGUCUUUUGGUGCAACGAAUGGGAUCGCUCAGCUGGGAGUGUCGAUCGUGCGAGCCAUCGGCCCCGCAUCCGCUACAUCCACGUUCUCGUUAUCUAUCAAGAAUCCCCACCACGCAUGGAUCAUCUAUUAUUAUAUGAUUGCCCUGGUCUGCAUAGGGAUCUUCGCAUCACUGUUCCUUCCUCGGCAGUUAUGGAAGAAUCAAAACUGACGGCUCUUAUGCCCCGCGGGUGUGUUUGUGUGCGUCGAGUGGAUACCACUGGAGUACGUGCAUGAUAUGGGAGAAGUUGAAGAAGGUAGACUGUCGACCUCCUCCACCUUUGCCGCAAAAAA